CGGCUUCUGACUUUUCGUCCAAUUUUAACAGCAAAGGGGAUAUUUUCCGUUAUUGUCGACAAGAGUUUUUGCCGUCAUCAUGGGUUCAGUGUUGCCUGCCGAUGCUUUGGUUCUGAAGGCUGGAUUUAAGCAGCAGACUUUGGCCCUGUCCGACAUCAUCACCUCUGACAUCCUUCACAGUUUCUUGUACGGCCGCUGGAGGAACGUGCUGGGGGAACACCUGUUCGAGGAAAAGACAACCACCGUCAGCCCCAAAACAGCCUUCACCGCAGAGGUCCUGGCGCAGUCCUUUUCUGGAGAGGUCCAGAAACUCUCCAGCUUGGUGCUGCCAAGUGAAGUCAUCAUUGCGCAAAGCUCCAUCCCAGGGGAAGGGCUUGGCAUCUUCUCCAAAACCUGGAUAAAAGCUGGCACCGAGAUGGGUCCGUUCACUGGCAGGGUCAUUUCACCCGAGCAUGUAGAUCUCUUCAAGAACAACAAUCUCAUGUGGGAGGUUUUCAAUGAGGAUGGCACGGUGCGCUAUUUUAUCGAUGCCAGCCAAGAGGAUCAUCGCAGCUGGAUGACUUACAUCAAAUGCGCGCGCAACGAGCAAGAACAGAAUCUCGAGGUUGUGCAGAUUGGAAGCAGCAUAUUUUACAAAGCUGUUGAGACAAUUCCUCCAGAUCAAGAACUGCUCGUGUGGUAUGGGAAUUCCCACAACACCUUCCUGGGCAUCCCGGGAGUCCCUGGCAUCGAUGAGGAACAACAGAAAAAGACUAAAAAUGAUGACUUCAACCUGUGCGACAGCGUCUGCUCCGCCAACCUCUCCACAGCCAGUCGCAUGCGCUGUGUCAUCUGCCACAGGGGCUUCAACUCCCGCAGUAACCUGCGCUCCCACAUGCGUAUCCACACGCUGGACAAGCCCUUCGUGUGUCGUUUUUGCAACCGACGUUUCAGUCAGUCCUCCACCCUGCGCAACCACGUGCGCCUCCACACGGGCGAGCGGCCCUACAAGUGCCACGUCUGCCAGAGCGCGUACUCCCAACUGGCAGGGCUGCGGGCACACCAGAAGAGCGCACGACACAGGCCGCCCAACACAGGGGCUGUGAUGGGAUUGCCGGCCCACUCACCCCCACCUCCUCCUCAGCUGGCACAGGUUCAUCACCCGGCCUCGCUGGUGCAUCACAUACCCACCAUGGUGCUUUGAGAGAGCUUAUCAAACUCAAGCGUUUCAGAUGUUUGCAGUCUCGCAGGCUGUGUGUCUAUGUAAAGCAGGUCCUGUUCAGUACUCUCACUUUGUGGUUUGCCAUCCUGGCCAUGUGAAGCAGAAAGCAGUGAUCAGAUAUGGCGAAAUAAGGCCUGCGCAACUCACAGACAGAACUGAAGUAAACUGGCCAUCGAGGGGCCGUUUUUGUAUGUUCAUGUUGAAUUCUUAUUGGAACGACAACAAAUGGUUCUUAAAAGUUUUUUUGUCAUGGCAAACGACUGCCAUACUAUCAAACUAAUAAUGCCAUUUAGAAUGUAUCUUUUCAUAUGUGCAUGCAACUGUAUUGUUUUCUUCCUUAUUCCACUAAGGUUAAAUCAAGCAUUUUAUCCACAUUAGUCUCAAAGAUCAACGAAAAGGCAAAUAAUAAGGCAUUAAAGAAUUAUGAAGAUGAAAAAUACAGAGAAAGAGUGUCUAUUCAUCUGCCUGUAUAACAGACAGUAAAACAGGGGAUACACCGGGAUCAAGCGCCACUUGCUGACCAAUUUGCGUCACUACUUUCCGGUCAUAGAGGCGCAAGUUAAAAGCAUGUCAUUGUGAAUGAACAAUAUGAAGUAUGUAAAAGAAUGUAUAUAUGGUUUUAAGAUUUAUUUCCAAAAAUAUGGAAUAGUCACUUUA